AUGUCUCAGCUUGCCUCAACGAUACCUACUUUUACCGAGCCCAGUGCUAUUUGUCAAGAAAAAACCACCACUGACAAAAUACCAAUGGUUGUUAAUCAACGACAUAAACCUAGCACGACUAAAAAGAGGGCUUCUAAACAAGAAGACUCUGACGACUACGAAGGGACCUUAAAUGAACCGGUGGCUUACCGUCCAUAUCCUGUAACAAAUAUGAAAAUAAAAAGGACAAAAUAUUCAACUUCUCUGGAUCCUCGUGGUUAUAUUCCUGUAUAUGAAUUUACCAUAAAUGAUCAACCAAUUAUGUGGGAUCGAGAGAAUGGAUAUGUUCAUUUUACAGGAAUCUGGAAAGCCCUAGGGAAUAAUAAAGCUGAUAUUGCUAGAUUAGUUGAUACUCAUCCUGAUUUGGCUUUAACAAUCAAGAAGGUUAGAGGAGGAUUCCUUAAAAUACAAGGGACAUGGUUUGCUUACGAGCUUUGCCGUCGAACGUGUUAUGUUGUUCGUGAGGAAUUAAUACCUUUAUUUGGACCCGAAUUUCCCUCACAAGCUUUAGACCCAACACAACCAGGAUAUGGUCGUCUUACACUCUCUGAUUCGGUACCAACUAAGAAAAGGCAAAGGCGUAAACCUAAAGAUGCGCGCACGGACAAUUCGACUUCAACAACUAAAGGCAAGGCUAAGACCAUGAUCAAGUUGUUAGCUUCCCCUCUUGAAGAAGAAAAUUCUCAUGAUAUUAUUACGUAUGAAACAAAAGAUGAUAUUGUUCCAAUUAUUGAUCAACAAUAUCAUAAAAAUGUGAAGGUUCAAGGUCUGGAUACUAAUCAUCGUCAUUUAGUAAUCCUUCGUAAACAUAAACGCAUAUCUGAAGAUGAUCUCACCGAAUCAAUUACCGAUAAUUUGGUAUCUAAACGAAGGAGACAACGUUCACCAACGAACAGUAGCCUUGGGGAUGAUGAAGAUUCCUCCACUGAGGAGGAUCGUAAUAAUUUGCGUCGGGGUUCAGUUUCGACAUUUUCUAGUAUUUCCCAACAUCAUCACGAAAAUCACGAUAUUUCUCAUCACCAUGAAUAUCAAAAUAUUUCUCAAUAUCACGAACAGCAGCAAAAUAUUUCUCAUCAUCAUGAACAACAACAAUCUUCAAUUAUGAAUCCUACGGAUACAAAUGAAGUACCACCAGAGAAUUAUUAUGAAUUCCCUCAUUCCCCACCUGCUACCGCCUCUCCAAUAUUAACUUUCCCCGAUCAUUCCAUUAAUUAUUCCCCUAACCUUCCACCCGAUCGUUCACCAACUACUGAUUCUUUUUAUUAUGAUUUUUACACCCCUUAUCCACCUCCUACUAUUCACCCUUUAUAUCCUCAUCAACCACCUUCACCGUUAACAGAACAUGAUCUUUAUGAUGCAAUCAACGCGACUCUCGCGUUACAACAAUUAUCACAAGAUAACGGGGAUCGUCCUUUGGAAAAAGAACAAAUGUCAAACGCAUGGCCUCGAAAUUUUAUUAUGGGAAAUCGAGAAUUUCAAUUUAUUGGAUGUCGAUAUCGCGUUGUCCGAUAUUGGUAA